AUGCUCAGCCUUCCGCGACUUCGGAGUACGCUGACAGGCCCCAGCAAGGGUGAUUGUCGAGAUAUCAAUGCCUAUGAUGACAAUUUUAUCUCUGCACGCUGGGAUCAGUAUGGGUUUCUCCAAGACUAUGAACCAUUCCAACCCAAGAUUGCAGAUGUUCGUACAGACCCUGAUUACCUUAAGAAGAAGUGUGCCCAGGACAUCAAGCGCGAUAAAGAUGGACACCUUGAACGCGCUCGGAAGCGGCUGUUCAUGCCCGUUGAUGAGUUAUCUGGAGAUAAGGAGGAUGGCGCUGCUGUGGGUGGUUGGCUCAACUAUGUGGCCCGCUACGAGCGGUGCAACUUUGGUGAAGCAACCUUGAGACAUAUACUUCCUCGUGUACGCAAACGCGUAUCCUAUCUAAACGUCCAAGUCAACGAUCCACCCGCGUAUACAGGAAAUCGAUGCAGUCUUCUUCUGCUCAGUGAACCCAAAAACCGACCAGCUGCUGAGCAACAGGAGCGUGAGAAACGGGAGGCAGUAUUGGAAUCUACCAGACUGAUAGCAGCCGAGCUGGGAUUCGGCCACUCGGACCAUGAAGCUGUUUCCGAGGGCAAGGUUGUGAUGGCACUCGCCAUUCUUUGA